AUGUCAUCAAACGCUUGGAAUGAUUUUCAACAUGAUCGCGCUGGCGAAGGACUAAGCCAAGCGGAAGUGUCCGAAAUGUAUCAUGCUGAACAGGAUGCACCUGAAGCUAGUAGUGAAGUGUUUUCUACAGAAGGAAUGAAUAACCCGGAUGAAGCUCUUUCUAUCGAUGAUAGUGACUUGGCUCAAUCAGUCGCCGAUAGUCCUGAUACAAAUGAUGGAAAUGAAGAAAGUUCGAGUAAUCCUUGGAACAAUUUUCAACAUGAACACGCAGGCGAAGGAUUGAGUCAUGCAGAAAUGGCCGAAAUGUAUCAUGCGGAACAAGAUGCUACAGAAUCAAAUAAUGAAGUAAAUUCUGCAAAUGAAACAAAUAAUUUACCUGAAAGCCCUUCAAACGACAGUGAUGAAUCAGGAUCAGUAACUGUAACUGAUUCUGAGUCAAAUAAAGCAAGUACAGGAAAUGUUUGGAAUGAUUUUCAACACGAACAUGCGGGUCAAGGAUUGAGCUCUACUGAAAUGUCUGAAAUGUAUCAUGUUCAACAAGACACACCCCAAUCCGAUGAUCAAACAUCUACUAUAAACGAAACAAACAAUUCAUCUGAAGGUCCCACAAACGAUAAUAAUGAAUCAAUGCCAGCGACUGCGACUGAUUCUGAUGCAAAUCUUGAACCAGAUAAACCGAGCUCAAGUAAUCCAUGGAAUGAAUUUCAACAUGAACACGCCGGCGAAGGAUUAAGUCAUACAGAAAUGGCUGAAGCGUAUCACGUUCAACAAAAUGCUGCUAAACCCGGCAAUGAAACAUCGACGACUGCGACUGAUUUCAAUAAAUCAACUGAAGAAAAUGCUUGGAAUGAUUUUCAACAUAAACAUGCAGGUGAAGGAAAAACAUCAUCAGAAUUAGCUGAUAUAUAUCAUGAAGAAAAUGAUGCUCAGAAUUCUGUUCAUCAAUCAUCGACAACAGUAGAUGAACAAUCUCAAAAUCAAACUCCUCACACUGAAAAGCAGGAUAAAAUGUUAAACGAUGUUACUAGUAAAUUUGUCAAAGAUUCACAAAUAAAAAAUGAAGAUAAAACUGUUUCAUCUUCUACAGAAAACCAAACAUUAGCUACCAAUCUUCCACAACGCAGAUACAAUCAAAAAUCAAGACCUUCAAUACAGUGGAAUCUUUUUCAACAUCUUCAUCGUGGCCAAUAUUCGUCAAAACAAGAAAUGUCAACGGCAUAUAAACAAUUCAAAGAGAAUGAAAAGUCAUUUAAAUGGAACCCUGAUUAUCAGCUCAAUUUGACUUCUGAUGGAAAAUUGCAAGAUCCGAAUUCUCCUGCUGGACAAGAAGCAAUGAAAACUGGUCUUUUCGACGAGAAAAAUCGUUUAAGACGACAUAGAGAUAUACCAUAUAGUAUAUUCCAAUCGAAAAUGUUCGAUAUGAAUAUCACAGAUCGUUCAAAAAUUUCCUCUAUGCAUUGGAAUCAAAGUGGCACUUCCCAUUUGCAUGCAGAAAAUCUUCGACAAUAUCAAUAUAGAAAUCAUGAUGCUGUUGAAACAGUAAGACGUGAUGCUGAUCAUAUUUUAGAAUUACAAGUAGUUGCACCAACAUUACAAAAAGAACGCUUAGAUGAUGAAAAUUUUCAUAUGCUUUGA